CUAAAUUUCCAAUGAAUGUUUUAUGAUAUUUGAGUUUGAUCGGAAAUAAUCUAUUUUGUUUUAAUUUGUAAGUUGUGAAAUUGUAGAAAUGUUCUGUGUAGAUAGGAACUAUCAGAUUCUACCAAAAUAUGAAAUAGUUAGGUUAAGUUGUUCUGAAAUUGUUUCACAUGUGUGUGUCAUUUUCAAUUUCAAUCAGAAAGGAAGGAAGUUCACAAAUUUUUCAUAUAAGUGUGAAGAGAUUUGUCCUAACAGUUACAUUUUUUUAUUGUUUUAAAUGAAAUGGUGUGUGCUCUAGUGACAAGUUUACACUUCCAAUAAUCAAAAUAUAUAAGGAAUAAAUACUAAUCCUUUGCAAGAAUUGCUAAUGUUGGUCCGAUGUACUUGUUUUCUUCUGGGAGUAUACAAUGGUUAAUGGUGGCAGAUAUGGAAAUGGUGAAGGAAAUUCUUCUAAACACCUCUUUGAAUUUAGGGAAACCUUCUUAUCUUUCCAAAGACAUGGGGCCACUUUUAGGUCAAGGUAUAUUGUCAUCAAGUGGGGUGAUUUGGGCUCAUCAGAGGAAGAUAAUUGCGCCGGAACUGUACCUAGACAAAGUGAAGGCAAUGGUUGAUCAGAUAGUUGACUCUACAAAUAUAACACUAAGAACUUGGGAGACUAAAAUAGAAGAAAGAGAUGGAGUAGAUUCAGAGAUUAAAAUUGAUGAAGAUCUGCGAAGCUUGUCAGCUGACAUAAUUGCUAGAGUUUGUUUUGGGAGCAAUUAUGUCGAAGGAAAAGAAAUAUUCACAAAGCUUAGAGAUCUUCAAAAACUCCUCUCCAAGAUAUAUGUUGGAAUUCCGGGAUUCAGAUACUUGCCAAACAAAAACAAUAGACAAAUUUGGAGAUUAGAGAAAGAGAUCGACACAAAUAUAUCAAAGCUCGUAAAACAAUGCCCAAAUGAAGGUCAUGAGCAAGAUCUCUUGCAAAUGAUACUUGAGGGUGCAAAGAAUCACGAGGGCAGCGAUGGCCUCUUAUCAAAUUCAAUCUCGCAAGAGAAGUUCAUUAUAGAUAACUGCAAAAAUAUAUUCUUUGCUGGACAUGAAACUACUGCAAUUACAGCAUCAUGGUGCUUAAUGUUGUUAGCCACAUACCAAGAUUGGCAAGAUCGUGCUCGUGCAGAGGUGCUUGAAGUUUGUGGAAAUGGUAGUCCAGAUGCAAGUAUGCUUAGAAGCAUGAAAACGUUAACCAUGGUGAUUCAAGAGACUUUGAGGCUUUAUCCACCUGCAGCAUUCGUUGUCCGGACAGCUUUCGAAGAUAUUAAUUUAAAAGGCAUCAAAGUUCCAAAAGGAUUGAAUAUUCAGAUUCCGAUUCCAGUUUUGCAGCAAGACAUUAAACUUUGGGGGCCUGAUGCACACAAGUUCAAUCCAGAAAGAUUUGCAAAUGGUGUUCUUGGAGCCUGCAAGGUUCCACAAGCUUAUAUGCCGUUCGGAAUUGGUGCCCGUGUCUGCGUCGGACAACAUUUAGCCAUGAUAGAAUUGAAGGUGGUUUUGUCUCUUAUUUUGUCAAAGUUUCGCUUCUCUCUUUCGUCAAGUUACUGCCAUUCACCAGCUUUUCGUUUGGUUAUAGAACCUGGUCAGGGAGUUGUUCUUAAAAUGACAAGAAUUUAAAGCAAUAAGAUCCUUUUGUUCUGCCUGGACAGGUUGCUAUAGUAAUUAGACAGUUUUCUUUCAAAUGGAUAAAUGUGAACACAUGCAAUGUUAAUUUUGGGGAAUUACACACUUUUCCUCAUUUACUCAAAGUGACAAUUCAAGCUAGUGCUUAUGAGUAACUCAUUAGAAUGCUCAUUGACAUUUCAAAUGAAAGAAGGGGUGUCAUUUUGGGAAGACUUACUAUUUAUUUUGAUGUACAAAUUUUCAGCUGUAGUCAUUUUUGGUUGUCAUUAGUGAAAAUUUUCAUUUGGCAAUUAUAAGAUGUUAAAUUGUCCAUUUGAUAACAGCUAAGACUUUGCUUCUGUUCCACUCUUGGAAAUGUGACAGAAUUUGCUUCUAAGUGUGCAAAAUUGAUUUGACA